UCAACCCACUUUGCAGCCCCAGCACGCGCCCUGAGCGGGGGCGGCGGCUGUGGGGGCUAUCUUUGGUGUCAGCGCUGGUACCGGCCGGGAUCGACUGGAAAGAGGGAGGGAGAGAGAGAGAUAGAGCGAGAGAGAGAGAGUGAGAGUAGGCUUCAAGGAACUCGAGGAUCUCCCCUCUCUUAUCGACAAGAACUUGAACGCGAAAGGUAGCAGCUGCUCGCCAAGGCAUAAGAGAGGGAAAGAGAGCGACGGAGGCGGGUGCUGUGACUUCGGCACCCAGCACCUCAUGUCGGUGUCUCAAGCGCGACAGCAGGCGAGCAACGGGUCUGGCGCACACUCCGGCAGACGUCGCCGAAGAGGCGGACACGCAGCAACGCCUGCGGCAACGCCGGCUGCUCGACAGCCAACGACCCUGCUGCAACACGCCUCCGGUAGCGUCGGAAAGGCAGCGGCCGGCGGCGGCGGCGGCGGCGUCGGGCGAGGCGGCGGGCGGCGAACGAUCUGGGCCGAGAAUACGGCAACAGCAUCAGGACCAGCAGGAACCGCGGCGGCGGCAGCGGCGGCCGCGGGACGCUCGCACAAGGCGUCUACAACACCCACUGCCGUACGCAGCGGCGGCGGCGGCGGCGGCGGCGGCGGUAGCAGCGGCAGCCAGAUUUCCAAAGGCAAGAAUGGAGGCGGGCGGAGAAGGGGCGAGGCCGGUGGUGGCGACGUUAAGGCGGCGGUGGCACCGACGGCAGUCCCGGCGCCGGCGCCAGUUGCCGGUAACGGCUUCGGCGGUGGCGCUGUGCGGAAAGUUCACCCCGGGAUGCUGGAGAGCGAGUUCUUGGCGGCGACGGAGCAGGCGAACGGAGGCGUCGAGGGCGGUGCGGUGUCCUUGAGCCUGGAGGAGGUGCCGUACGACAGGGAUCUCAGGUGGUGCAACACCGCCUCGGACUCCAGGCCCCGCCCAAAGAUGGACCCCCAGGGAGGCGUGUUCGGGCGCGUCGGGACGGCGAUAACCCACGACACCGGCGACUACGAGCGCCUCGACAGGCACUACCAGGAGCUUUGGAAAGACCGCGAAGAGAAUGGCCCGCCCCCUGCCAGCGGUCCCCGCGGUGGCAACAGCGGCCGCGGCGGAGGCGGCAGCGGCGGAGGAAGGGGUCCCUCGCGUGGUGGCAGUGGGAACGGCAGCCGUGCGCGAGGGGGGCGGGGCGGGGGGCCCGGGGGCGGUCGAACCGCCAACGCUCCUCGCGGUGGCGGGUUUCCGACGACGGCGGCGGCGAUGGGGGCGGGGCGCGGGGGCGGUGGCAGGGCAGAAGGCGCCGCCAUUGCCGCUGCCGGACGGGAGGGCCUUGGGGGGUCCGGGGGACGGGGGAGGGGUGGGACGGGCGCCGGCGGCGGAAGCCCCGCCUCUCGGGAUGCCGCUGGAGCUGCGAUGGCGGAGGCAGCAAGAGCCGGGGAGCGCGGGGGCUCGGGGAACAACCAGCGCAGCAGCAGGCGUGCCCAGAGGGCGAACGGCGCCAACAAGGCGCUCAUGGGGAGCGGCAACGGCGGCGGCGGCGGGGGGCCCGGCGGCGGUGGAAGGGCGAACGGCGUGCCGCAGCACAGCCCGUCGGCGAACGGGGUUCCGCCGCAUCAUCGGGCGUCUCCGGCUCUGAACUACCACGGCCAAGCGGGCGUCUCGGCCCGCCAAGCACGUGGUGUCGGCACCGGCACCGGCACCGGCGGCGCUAGCGUCGUCCCCCCCUUCCAGCAGCCUCUGAGCAACAAUGUCCGGGGUUGGUCCGAGGGGCAAGAUCAUCAGCCCCAGCAGCGGGACCAGCAGCAGCACGGUUGCGGUGGCCAUCCGCUCGUGGCGGGGCAAGGCCCGUGGUCGAUGGAAGCCCCGCCACCACCAGCCCCGGGAACGGCGACGACGGUGGCAGCCGUUAUCAACGGCGGGGGUUCGGGGGCGGGCGUGAGUCCACCGCCGCCGCCCACGCUGGUAACGGCGAUGCCCUCCCUCCCCGCUCUUCCGAUGUUGCCGCCAGACUCCCCGGAGUACCUGUGCGACCUCGCCAACGCGCUGAGCUCCACGCCGCCGCCGCCGCCUCCCCUGUUCACCGGUCAUCAUAACCACCAGCACCAGCACCAGUACCGGCCGUCAGCGGUGACACCCCCGCUAGGCCCUUCCCGUGAUCUCGGCGGCGGCGGCGGUGGCGGCAACGGGUUGUUUGGAGGAGAUUUCACACCAAAGCAGAACGGCGGCAGCAGCAGCUCGGCGGUGUCCCCGUUUUUGAGCCCCGGGCAGUCGAAGAUUCUGGCGGACCCGUCCCUCGACGUGGACAUCCAGGACAUUUGCGCCGACCCCGAUCUAAACGCCGAUGCCCCGGCCUUCGUACCCGGGGGGUACUGACGAUGGGUAAUGACAAGGGCAAAGGCAAGGAGGGGUGGGCGGGCGGGGGACGUUUGUUCCCUCCGCAAGAUGUACAAGAACUGUGUGCUUCUAUUCUAGCAUCGUGGAUUUUUCUCCUGUGCUUUUGGGCACCCUCAAGCGAAGCGACGCUGGCGGCGGGCGCAAGGCUGGUUUCAAGCACUGGCUGACGCUUCUCCACCUAGCUUUCCGGCAAGCGACCGGGCGCGUCAACCCGGCCUGUUAUUGUACGACGCCGCCGUAUCGGCACACCCGAAGUGGCAAAAAUUGCGCCGCCUGUCUGCCCAGCGAACCGUUUUUCGCCGACAGAUCACUGCUGCUGCACUCUGGCGCCACGAGUCGUCGUGUCCUUCGAGCUUGGGGCGGGGUGUUGGCGUUGUGACACUUUUGGCGUGCACCGGUUUCUGUUGUAGCAGCGGCACGGGCUCAUCGUUGCGAGGCCGGGCUGCACACGAGGAAUGACGCCUUUAUUGUCGAGGCCACGCCUUCCUUCCUUGGCGUCCAUGCCAUGUAUCGGGGUCGUUGAUCGGGGCGGGGGAUUCCGGCAUUUGCUUGCCGUUUUCUGCGGUCGACGUCCAUCUCCAUGAGAGAGAGAUUGAGCGCGGGUAGAUCUAGCCGCACGGAGGGAGGCCAUGAAGCGUUUUCGAAGGGGAGAUUUUUGCAGGCGCGGGCGAGCACCCGUCUCUCCCUGCAAGGAUCCUCCUCUUGGGGAUAUUUAGUACUAGUACUUGAAGUAGUAACGUAGAUGCCGUUUGGGUAUCACCACAGUAGAGCUCCGGCGGCUGCUGCUGUGUCCUCAAUGACAAGUGUCUUGUGCCCCGCGCGCGCCUGUGUUUUUUUAGUUCGGCGCACCGUGUAGUGGCUCUGAGAGUUGUGCCGGUGGCGGCCGGGCCGGACGCCCCUUGGACAGUAAAUAUGACGCGUGCCCCCUGUGUUCGUCAAGCUGCGGACGGCCGCGGCGGCGGUGGCGGAGGCGGCGGCGGUAGCGGCGCGCAAGCCAUACUCGAUCUCAUCGGAAAAGGCCCGGCCAGGCGCGGCCUCGUCGAAGGUUGCGGCGGAUGCGGCGGCUGGGGCGGCCGCCAACCAUUUUCAGCUCUUCUCUGAGACGAGACGCUGCUGCAGUCGAACGGCGUCGCUUGCCUCGCCGCCACGGUGGCGGCGGCGGGUAUUCGCGGGGUUUAUAGUAAGUAGAACUGUUAAGGGUCCUGCUCUCUAGGGUCUGGGAGGAGGGUGAGGAGCGCGCUGUCGUGCGCUGUGCUAGGUCUUGCAUAUGCGUAGGUAUGGUGGCAUUUUUGUUUUCUGCGCGUGUGCUUUCGGAACGCGUUGGCGUGGCGUGCUCAAGCGCACUUUCUUCUCUGUGGUUUGUUGGGUGUUUUUGCUCUCCCAGAUGACAUGGUCGAGUCCUAGCUGUAGGCAGGGGAGGGGAAGGACCAUCCGGUGUACAGCAGGGGGUCUGUAUGGCGCAGAUGGCGUAUAUUGGUUGCUCGACGCGGCGAUGUUUUCUGUCUCUGCAAACCAACUGUGUUCGCCCGUACGGGCGGCACUCCAGAUAGCGCGGGGGAUAAGGAGAAUGCGGGGAAGGUGUCUUGCGUGGUACGAACCGCAGUCCCCCCGGAUAGAACGGGAGCAAUGUGCAAGUGGACCGCGCAAGUUUUUGGGACGGACGCCCAUUGGGUGCAUGAGUUGGAACUUAUCAUUAAGUUAGAGCACCAGGGCAGCACACGCGAGUAAAGACAGUGGGUGUAUCCGUUUUGACCCGACUUAGCUUUGCGUGGGUUUGCUGCUUGCCCGCCGUGUCUCGCCCUCAAAUCUGUAUGUACUGGCGACGCUGUUUUGGUUACCGUUGCUGUGUGAUACUGCGGCAACGGGUGGGUAUGGAACCGGCUGGCUGGUGCCUGCCGUAAGGUAAGCUUGAGAAGAAGACGCUGGUAUGGUAGCGAGUCGGCGACAGUCGGUUGUGCGAUUGGCUGCAUCACCGCAGCUGCUUGCUGGCCGCUGCUGCCUUGUCUCCGGCAGUUGAUGGGCACACUUUGAGACGGGAGCUUGUCGCCGUUUUGUCACCGCCAGUGUCCGGGAUAGAUACCGGCGGGUGGUGGGCGAAAGUGAGAGAACAUAAGUAUGACAGGUUGUUGGCGGAGGGGGUGCAUGCAAGGAUUUAUUUAUGUCUGUGGCGGUAUUUUGGAGCUAGCUCAGGUAGACGAUCGCUGCUCCAUUCACUCGUUGCUUAGAUGCAACAUAACGGAACGGGGGGACGACGGAAAGGAGGGGAUGCAUGGAUGGAUACAUCUAGCAGGGAUGGGAAGAACGGAACGUGCAGGAGUCAAUAUAUCUUUGUUAUGUGGCACGCCUGCUGCAUUCGUCCGUCGGUCUAUCGCCCAGCCCACUAAGUCCAAGGGAUGCAUUCAUUCCCGCUGUCGUCAUCGUUUGGGGUGUGUGUAUGUAUUGCCUGAUUGGUUAGCGCCCCCGUCUGUUGACUGAUUGUCAUCCCGUACCCCCCCCCAACCGGCGUUGCCGGCCUUCGGAUGUAUGUAUGAUGUGAGUCAAGUUGAUAGCGAGAGAGGUGAACGAACGCCCGGCAGUGAUGAUGACCCCUCAAGUCGGCAGUGAUUUUGUCGAAUGCCUCCCCUCUCUCUGUGAUCGAUUGGUACUGAUUGGUGUAGGGGACAGAGCAGAGAAAGAGAGAAAGAAACCACGGGGGGGAAGGUCGGGUAUGAAUUGCCUCUGGGUUUAUUGGGUGAUUGGACUUCCGUAUACGUAAAUAACAAACGGUUUUGUCCGUCAUACCCGGCACACAGAAAUAAAUGUUGUGCGCUCGCCAAGUCGCUGUGGCGGGCAACAAGAAUAGUAUGGCUGAAGUUGAGGCCGGUGCCUACACCCAUAUUGUUCGAAACGCAUCUCAACGAAAACGACUGGUGGUGUAGGAAAUACCUUCAUCAAGCCCUCACUUGCAACAUGAGUCUACUUGCACUGUUCAUGUUCAUCCCUCGA